GUCACACCUGAUUGCAAGUGUGUAAAUUUUUGAGCCAAUUUUGUUUACAAUAAAGUUAGCGAAUCUGGGCCAAGUUACGGGAUCCUUCAACAACACCAAUGCCCGGAGCAGACUCCCAAGUGCCUAAAUGAGCGGGCGACCCAAUUUUCUCACAACCUUAACAGAUAAACCGAAGAAAAAUGAGUUUGCACUACGCGGAAUCGGAGCCCUCGCAGUCGGACAGUCAGAGCAAGAUGGACAUCUCGGAGACGCCGACAGACUCCACGGGUAUUUCACCAUUGGCGGAUGAUGGUGUGACCUCGGCCCCCGAGAAAAAUAUCCUAGAAAUUGGGAAGGAAACGGAAAACGCAAAGGAGAAGUCAGAACUGGAAUUGGACCUGAAGUCGAACGCUACCCUCGACAAUAGAAUAGUACGUCCGGAGCUGUUGCCCAUUGAGGGCUUGCCACAACGACAUACUAUCGAGCGCACUUUGGCCAACAGCCAUCCGCUUAUGUCCCCCACUAACACAGAUUCGGACUCGGAGCCCUUUCUAACCAGGAAUCCGGAAAAACAGCAACAGCGCAGCAACUUCCCAGAUGUAGUUCCGGCCACGGAAACGGUGCAGGUUAAGAAUUCCCUAAACCAGUCUAGAAGUAAGCCGCAGGACGCCAAGGUCAGUCUUUUGCGUGCCAACAGUCCGGAUAUUCUGAGCAGUGAAUCGGACGCGGAUGUCUCGCAAUAUCUAGCCGCCGUGGAGUCCAAUUUUCAGUCUGUUUCUCUGAUGCCGAACGGAAAUGGCAAGAAGGCCAAGAGGACCACUACUCUACCCGGCGGAGAGGACAUAUCUAGCCUUGACUCCAUCUCUAAUCACAGCUUCGAUGACGACGAGGACAUUGAACACAAUCUCGCGUCCCUAAGCCCUUCGAGCUCCCUAAUAGAUGGUCUCGAUGGCGAGGAUGACGACGACGACUGCGAGGGACCGGAGCUAUUGCCCGAUCAUGACGAUGACUUGGAGCUGGAGUUUGGGCUGGCCACUACGCCCACGCCACAUGCCCCGGCCACAGCCAACGGGGCCAGCUUACCGCAAUAUACAGCCGCCGAAGAGCGGCGCGACUCAAGAAAUUGGCAAAAGAUUACCCUGCCGGAUGGGCGCACUCGGGAAAUUGAUAUGAGGGUGAUUGAGCCCUACAAGCGGGUGCUAUCUCAUGGUGGCUAUCUCAAGUCAGGUGGCCAGAACGCUAUUGUCAUCUUCUCGGCGUGUCACCUGCCGGAUCGAUCCAGAGCGGAUUAUAGCUACGUGAUGGAGAAUCUGUUUCUGUAUGUCGUGAAAACGCUGGAGCAGCUGGUCACGGAUGACUAUGUAUUGAUCUAUCUGCACGGAGGUUCAAACAGGCGCAAUGUGCCGCCAUUCCCUUGGCUCAAACGCUGCUAUCAACUGCUGGACCGCCGUUUGCGCAAAAGCCUGAAACAUAUGUAUUUGGUGCAUCCCACUUUCUGGAUCAAGUCGCUGGUCUGGAUGGCCCGACCCUUUGUGAGCACAAAGUUCUGGCGCAAGCUGGUCUACGUUAAGUCCCUGGAGGAGCUAGGCUUGCAUGUGGUAGUGGAAAAGGCGGCCAUUCCGGAGAAGGUGAAGCAGUACGAUGCCAAGCGGCACUGAACCCCUGCGAUGUCCCAGACUUGUUUCAAACGAAAAGCAUUCAUGCCACACACUCGCUACUCGUCCUCCUCCCACAUACAUACUCCCCAUUUCACUAAAGACUAAGGCAAAUCCUCAAAUCGAUUGUUUGUGCUCUCUCCUCGCUAUGCUUUAAUUUAAGAUCUCAAUCUUUGUGAUACUUUUUGUUGGCCUUCUCAGUCGAAGUCGAGUAAUCCCCUAUCCUUUAGCAUUUUACCCCGUGUGGAGCGUGAAGGCGUUCAUCAAAACAUCGAACAAGUUUUUAUAGCUCUUUAUUCGCAGCAGUAGACUCGUAUUAGUAGACACCACCAUCCCCCACAUAUAUUUAUAUACACAUUAAAUACCAUACCAUAUAGAUGUAGCUUCCGCUUCAUAUACAUUUUGUAAUGGAACCGACAUACAUACACAUAUGCAACAAGAAACCACCAAACUUCCGAACAUGUUACCUUUCAUUGUAGUAUCGAUGUUGCUCUGGAGGAGAAACCCACUCCACUAAACUGAAUUUAAACAUAAGUAAUUGAAAAUCUUUAGCUGAAUUUUGCAUCCAAAUAUCGCAAAUUGUAUAUUCGAAGCGUUCUUUGCACGAAACUUACACUGACACUGACCGACCCCAUGCCAGUUGCAAGUAGGUGCCACAUCCACAUCCGCAUCCACAUUGUCAUUCCU